AUGGUUCUUACAAUGUGGUCCAUCAGAGCACAUGGUGAAGAAAUUGAUCCCAACCAAAUUUAUGCUGGACAUCCCACCAUGUUCAGUAUUGAACUUCAUCAUGGUGGGAAGUUCACAAAGUUUCUAGGCAUCAAGUAUAUUGAACGAGUUGUAGCAUACAUUGACGUGGUCGAUAUAGAAGAAUUCUCAGUACACGAAAUGUACUCCAUCAUGUUAGAUUUAGGGUAUGUUGUUCCACCUAUCAUCUACUACCAUUUCCGUUUGCCUAACGAAGGUUUGGAUUUUGGACUAACAGCUCUAGGUAAUGAUGAUGAUGUACAUAGCCUAUCAAAAUAUGUGAGUGCGAAUAAACUGAUAAAAGUGUACACGGAGCAUGGAUAA